AUGGUCAAAACUGAUGGGAGCAGCUCUGUGCUGCCGUCGGACGACCCCGUCACCCUCUCGAUGGAGAUGUUCCCCAAAGAAUACAGGUCGUCCAUCGAGCGCUACGAGAAGAUAUACGGACCAAAAUCCACAGGACUCCUCAACGUGUGCAAGAGAAUGGAGACGGGCGCCCCGGAAACACUGUACACUUCCUUCGCUAACGAGGAUAUCGCAACAGGCCAGGCUAUCCUGACAGACCACCCCUUGUUCUUCGUCGACGACAAUAUGAGGGCGACUCCGCACAACACCCAAGUCAUCAAGGACUUCAGCAAGACGCUACAUCCCAUGGGAAGAACGCUGCUCAAGGGUCUGCCCAACGUGCUCCACCGACAACCCGUAAGCAAGCAAUACGCCCUGUGCAAGUCGUACGGGCUACCGAUUCGCGGCGUCAAGGUACCCUUUGACCAGAACAUGAUACCGACCGAGGGGGCCGAGCAAACCGACUCCGUCCUCGGCGUCUUCCCCUUCAUCGCACGCUUCAUCCGCCACUCCUGCACGCCAAACGCUGUCGCCCAGCCAUAUGACUACAAGGGACGAAUGAGCAUGGUCGUCCGCGCUCUGCAACCGAUUCAGAAAGGCAAAGCUAUUUUUAUCGACUACUUUGAUUGCGGAAGCACGAUAUACAAUGAGCGACAGAAGCUGUCCAUGGCAAAAAUGGGUGAGCUGUGUUACUGCCAGUACUGCUGCUGGCAGCAUGGCUUCGAGCCACACGCAUUCCAAAGUCGCAGUACGCAUGAUGUGGCGCGAAGCUCGAUCGAGCAGAUGCUGGGCGACCUUGUCCAUAAGAGAGUGACACGGCCGAACAUGAGCAGCACAAUUCUCAGAGUCCGCGGUUUGAUGAGGAUUGUCUGUUUGGAGUAUGGAGCGCUGCGAAUGGACAUGUUCCAAGCCGCGGCUGACCUGUGUCUUCGCGGCAAGGACUACAUACGCGCCAAGUAUUUCCUGAAAAUGGCCCUGGAGAUCGACAGCUACAUGAAUGGGCGCGAAAGCAAGCGCUGCCGUCGCGCGCGACGCUUGUUCAGGCAAUUCGAGAGGAGCCUGCCCUCGGGUGUCAACGAAGAGCUGGCCGCCAUCGAGGAGGGUGCACCUCGCGACGCCCUGCAGCAGUGGCUGUAUCACUGCGACGACAGUCUACCCAGGCCGUCGCAGGUCUCCCAGUUCUUUGACCUGCGACUUAAUCAGGAUAUCAUCAGGACCAUUGACACGGUACCGUGGAAGCACAGCGUCGACCACCGGGGAUACGUGGCUGACGGCGAGCCCUGCACGAACUGGAUGAUCAUCGUGCAGGUCGACCAUUGGGCACCGCCGAAUAACCCGUCGUAUGGCUGCGUAGACCACGGGGGAAAGAAGCUGGAUCUCUUGACGCCCCAUUGGCGAGCCAACGAGCAAGCGAAGCACAAGAGACUCGGCAGCGACUACAGCGAGAUCAAGGUGGGCGUGGUCCUCUACCCGUUUGCCGUAGGGCACGGUGCAUCGUCCAAGAAUCCGCUCGUUCAUGUCCAUGAGAAGGAGCAUUUGGCGGUCCUGCCCAUCCAGACCAUCAAAGAGCUGAUGGAGCUCAACGACCGCAUCCAGCGAUACUGCCCACCAAUUCAGAUCGGCAAGGACCACCGCAAUUGCUUUGGAUGCUGUGGCAUUUUUGAGAAGACGAUGCAAUGUUCACGCUGUGGCUUCUUCCGCUUCUGCGACAAGGAGUGCUUCAACAAGGCAUGGCCGCGACACAAGCAAGACUGUGACGCACUGUCCGACCCGGACGUGCGAGAGCUGUUUCUCCGUGACUGGAGCCGCUUUGAAGCGCCGGUGGAGUUCUCUCUAGCGAGGGAGGACUGGGUAGCGUACCAGAAUAGGAGGAAAAGAGAUCAGAAGAUGGUCGCUAGCACUAUCAAAUACGUCGACCAGAAAAGGAUAGAGGCGGCAAAAGAGAUGGCCAUGGCUGCUGUGCACAGUAUCGUCAACAACAAGGCCCAGACCGUCGGUGAGAGGAGAAAGGAGGAUGAGGAGGCAGUCGUAGAAGGCCAGGCUAAUGGAAAAGGCGGAGCGGAGCCCAAGAGCAAUCCGAACAAGUCUAAGAAGCGAAAGACGAAGAAGGAGGGAGAGAAGGAGGAAGACGCAGAUAAUAAGGGUAUACAAGAGGAUACCCGGUGA